CAAAGCCAUCACCACCAGCAUCCGCAUCGGUCGCAGCGCAGUCCCAGAUCCGCUCUGCAAAUUUCUUGUCGGUGAUGGCGGCCGCUUACAAGCCCGAAGAAGCCAGGGUCCCGCCUGCUCUUCCCCUGCCCGCUCCUCCCGUCACCAAGUUCAAGAUUGCGCUGUGCCAAUUGUCGGUGACGCCGGAUAAGGAGAGGAACAUUGCCCACUCUCGGAAAGCCAUCGAGGACGCCGCCGCAAAGGGUGCCCAACUUGUUCUCCUCCCUGAAAUUUGGAAUGGUCCGUAUUCAAAUGACAGUUUUCCUGUUUAUGCUGAGGACAUUGAUGCGGGUGGCGAUGCAUCUCCUUCAACAGCCAUGCUGUCUGAAGUUGCUCAACGUCUUAAGAUCACCAUUGUUGGUGGAUCUAUAGUGGAGCGUUCUGGGGAUCGGUUGUACAAUACUUCCUGUGUCUUUGGCACCAAUGGAAAGCUGUUAGCUAAGCACAGGAAGAUGCAGCUAUUUGAUAUCAACGUCCCGGGGAAGAUUACCUUCACUGAAUCAAAGACUCUCACAGCAGGGCAGACUCCUACCGUUGUGGAUACAGAAGUUGGGCGUAUUGGCAUAGGUAUCUGUUAUGACAUUAAUUUUGAGGAAAUAGCAAUGAUUUAUGGAGCAAGAGGUGCUCACUUGAUAUGCUAUCCUGGGGCUUUUAACAUGACUACUGGACCGUUGCACUGGGAACUGUUGCAGAGGGCAAGGGCUACAGAUAACCAGCUAUAUGUAGCAACUUGUUCCCCUGCUCGAGAUGCUGGAGCCGGUUAUGUGGCCUGGGGCCACUCCACCCUUGUUGGACCAUUUGGAGAAGUACUGGCGACGACAGAACAUGAAGAGGCAAUAAUCAUAGCAGAGAUUGAUUAUUCAAUUAUUGAGCUUAGAAGGACAAACCUCCCCUUACUGAAGCAAAGACGAGGCGAUCUUUACCGGUUGGUAGAUGUUGAGAGGUUAAAUUCUCAAUGAUUACGUUCGGGUAGAAGAUUUGUAUUGUGCCUCAAGGAAGGAAGAAAUAAUGAGAGCUAGUGAUUAUUAAUCGAAAACUCGAAUUAUUGUCUGUAUUUAGUACCAAGGGGAAGCGAACCCUUAACAACGCACGAUGUAAACUCGAAUUAUAAUCCUUCUCCAAGAUAUUGGGGAGUUGAGAACCAGAGUUGGAAAACUCAUGAAGAUGUCUGUGGGUAAUGCCUAGGAUUACAAAAAGUUGGUUGGAUUGGACCAAGGCCGAUUCGCUCUAUGUCCAAUGUUGGUCCGACGGAUUCUUCCAACAUUGUAAAGAACGCAGUAUCGUCCCUCUCGCAAUUAUACUAUAUACCAUUUACUGUUAUUCUU